UCUGACAUUCACACUGUUUCUGCUCCACUUUGUUUCCUGCAGAUCUAUUGUGUUCAUUUCUAUGGAAGUGUUGAAUUGUUUACCUUAGGAGUCAUGUCUUAUGAUCGAUACCGUGCUAUCUGUUGUCCUCUACAUUAUAAUAAACAUAUGACUUCCAGCAAGGCAGUAAUCCUGACUGUGUUCGUGUGGUUGUACAGUGCACUUGCAACUGUUGUCAUGAUGUCUUUGAGUGUUCCGUUACAGCUGUGUGGGAACACAAUUCAAAAAGUCUACUGCGACAAUUACUCUGUUGUUAAACUGGCGUGCUCUGGCACUUUAGUCAAUAACACGCAUGGACUUGUUUACAUGUUUACAGUAAUAUUUGCUCUUAUAAUUCUAAUCCUUUACUCUUACGUGAGGAUCUUUACAGUUUGUUUCUCUGGUUGUAAACAGACCAGACAGAAAGCUGUCAGUACCUGCACACCUCACCUCGCUUCUCUGCUCAACUUCUCCUUUGGAGCUUUCUUUGAAAUAGUGCAGAGCAGAUUUAAUAUGAACGGUGUUCCCAACAUGUUAAGAGUGUUUUUAUCAUUAUACUGGCUGACAUGCCAACCCCUCUUCAACCCUUUAAUAUACGGACUGAACAUGUCCAAGAUACGCAUCAUAUGCAACAGUCUUGCUUUUGGUAAAAGAAUGUAGAAUACUUACUGUAUCAUCUGUCAUCUAACACAUGUGUUGCUAGAAAGAUGCCCUGAUGAGAGCCGUGUUCACAGUGAUGAUACCUGUGUAAUGUGUGCAUUGAAUGUGUCCCUGUGAUGUCAAAUCAAACAUGUAAAUGAAGUUGAUUUGAAUCUUCCACAGACUCUAAACAAAAUACACAAGAUGAAUUCUUCCAUCUUUAAAGACUGAUUUCUGGGACUGUGUCGCU